GUGCCGCCGCCGCCGCGCGCGCCGGCGGCCCGGCGCCGCGGCGGCGCCGCCGCGGAGCCAGCGGCGGCGGCCCGCGGCGCAAGCGGGGCCGCGCCGGGGGCGCAGGUGGGCGCCGAGGCCGUCUCCCGUGACGGCGACGUGUCGGCGGACGACAGCGAGGCCGCGGACGAGGAGGCGCCGCGCAAGCACUUCAACGCCGACUACGCGGCGGCGCUGGAGAGGGUCGCCUCCAAUCGGCCGGCCGAUUCUCCUGGCGGCAUCUCAAGCGCUGCUCUUGGCGCGCUCCGCGCGCCAAUGAGGGUGGUCCAGCGCAGAUCCAAGACACAUGCGCGGACCUCCUUCUCUUUCUCCUCCUCCUCCUCCGCCUCCGC